AGCAACUUGCACUUAAUUGCAUGGCUACUGCCCGCCAUCUCUCUCUCUCUCUCUCUCUCUCUCUCUCGCACAACGUGGUAGGGGUACAUACAAUUAACAAUGAGAAGCCCGCUGUUCGGUGGCCGAGGGAGGAGUUCCGGCGGCAUCCCCACCAAUCUGUCUCACUCGGGGACUUCCACCACGUUCUCUUCCUCCGCUUCUGCCUCUUCUCACAAGUCAGCUACCACCACCUCUUCCUCCUGCAAGAACCCAGUCAAGAGCGCCGCCCGCUCCGUGGCAGAGGCGCUGGUGGCUUGUUUCACUCCCCCUGAGCAGGAUAAGAAAAGCUCAACCAGCGCAUUCAAUAAUGAUUCAUCUGGGGAAAGUUGUUUAGUUCAUCAAUUCUUUGUGUUGUCAGAAGCUUCAAGUUCUGGGAGCAGGAAGAGACGUAGUUCAAAUCUUAGCAUCUACGGUAGCUCAAAUGAUUCGACUCGAACAAAAGAGCCAGGAAGUGUUAAGUUCACGAUGGAAGAAAUCCUCAAGGCAACCAGGAAUUUUUCACCUAGUUUUAAGAUUGGACAAGGGGGAUUUGGAACAGUAUAUAAGGGUCAGCUGGGAGAUGGAACUCUCGUUGCAGUUAAACGAGCAAAGAAGAUUGUGUAUGAUAAACAUUUAGGAGUUGAGUUUCAGAGUGAGGUCCAGACUCUGUCAAAAGUGGAGCAUCUGAAUCUAGUAAAAUUUUAUGGAUUUUUGGAGCAUGACGAUGAAAGGAUUCUUGUCGUCGAGUAUGUUCCAAAUGGAACCCUCAGAGAGCACUUGGAUUGUGUUCAUGGCAAUGUUCUUGAUUUUGCCUCGCGGCUAGACAUUGCAAUUGAUGUGGCUCAUGCAAUCACAUAUCUACACAUGUACACAGAUCAUCCCGUCAUCCAUAGAGACAUCAAGUCUUCCAACAUUCUCCUCACUGAAAACUCACGAGCUAAAGUAGCCGACUUUGGCUUUGCACGACUGGCGGCUGAUAGUGAGUCAGGAGCCACACAUGUUUCUACUCAAGUUAAAGGAACAGCAGGAUAUUUAGACCCUGAAUACCUGAAAACUUAUCAGCUCACGGAGAAGAGUGAUGUUUACUCGUUUGGUGUUUUGCUUGUGGAGCUUGUUACGGGCAGACGCCCUAUAGAGCCAAAAAGGGAACUCAAGGAGCGGAUCACGGCGAGAUGGGCUGUAAAGAAGUUUACAAAUGGUGAUGCAAUUCUAGUUUUGGACCCAAGGCUGGCGAGGUCUCCUGCAAAUAACUUUGCCUUGGAAAAGAUUCUUGAGUUAUCAUUGCAGUGUUUGGCUCCCCACCGGCAAAACAGACCGGCCAUGAAGAAAUGUGCAGAGAUCCUUUGGAGCAUCAGGAAGGAUUACAAGGAAUUAUUGUCAACUUCAGAUGUAAUUUGACCCUAUUCCGGUACCUCCAUCCGAGUGUGACACAGAUACCAUGGAAUUCAUUUUUCACACAAAUUGCUUGGUUUUAUCAUGGUGUCUGAGUUGCAUGGGGUGAAAAAUGGAAAAAGCAACCGGAGUUGAAAUGAUUGUUAUAUAUAUGAUAUACACUACAGAUGGAAUAGUAGGCAGUUUGGAGAAUUUCCAGCCAGAGUGCAAAGAUAUUAAGGUGGUUUAAUUUGCAUGUUCGGCUUGUAUGUAUAGUAAAUUCUUUUCAUAUGUAUAUUGUUGAGCUGAGAGAUCUUUCUUAAUGAGUUGAUAGCUUGGUUUGAACAGCUAAGACGGGCAACGAUUGUUGUACUUCAUUCAUCUCUACUAGUAAUUUGUGGCAAAUUCUAUA